AUGUUGUUCCGUUCUUUCAUCGGCCUUGCGCUCACGCUGGCGUGUGCGAAUGCCACCUUGGAUCCAGCCACCUCCAACACCAAAGGCAAAUGCCCAAAGACGCUGAACUGCUCUGCUUCAAAGACCUCGGAUGACAUCCAAGCCGCUGAGUGUGCUUACAACACCCGAACCCACGAGACGCAGACUUUUGCGGUCUUCGAGACGGAUCAUUCCCACGACGACAGCCACGGUGCUCCGUACGGAACCUGCUCUGCCUACACUUGCGAGGUUCCCACCAGCUCAGACCUGGAGUCUGAUAGCGACUGCUGGACUUUCUUCUGGGACGACUCCGGAGCGGCCUCUGGCGUGGGCACGGGAUGCAUCAAGUCUCCUGACGAUGGAACUUGUGGUUGUGAGAACAGCGAUGGCGAGUUCAUCUACGGGGGUGACGACUGCUCUUAA